AUGCCAUCUUUAGCAUUAUCAACUCAACAACCAUUUGCACGUAAUGUAUCGUGUCCAAUACCAGCUACAUUAUCUUCAACAACAAAUACAUUAGUAAAUAAAAAAUAUAGUUCAUCAACAAAUACAUUACAAUAUUAUUUUAAUCAAACAAAUCUCAUAUGUGAUACAUCAUCAACACAAGAAACAAGUUCGACGUUAGUAGAAAAAAUAAAAAUGAAUUUAAUGAAUUUUUUUAAAUAUAACUCAACUGAAAAAGAUCUCAAAUCUAAUGAACCUCAACAAUCAAUAUUUAAUUACGAUCCUGAACUUGAUCUACGUGAAGAACACAUAUCAUUGAUAUCGAAACAUUUGUUGACAACAUUACGUGAGAGUAAAAUUAAGCAUUUAUCAUGUAAUAAUUUAUUUCUUCCAUGUAAUCAUAUACGAAAUAUUGCUAAACAAUGUUUAAUUAUGUCAGCCGAAGAACCAUUUGGUAUUAUGGGCGCACAAAUUAAAAUAAAACUAACAUUAUUAUCAACGGAUAUGAAAUCAACCAUAAUUAAAUAUCUACCAUUAAUAAGAAUAAAUCCAAAGCAGAAAACAAUAUUUGAACUCGAAAUCGAUUUACAUGAAGAUACAAAAGUAUUUACACUGCGAAGAUUUUUACCUGAAAUGAAAAUCUUCAAACAAUUCAAAGAGAAAAGUUCAUUAUAUGUAAGUCCCCGGUGUUUACUUGUUAAAAAUGUUUUUUAUAAAACAGCUGAACCAAAACGGGCGAUGGUUAAUUCAAUGACAUAA